GAGCUUGGAGAAUAACAACUUUUCUGGAACUGUUCCUCCUGAGCUUGGGAAAUUGGUUAACUUGAACAAUCUCAUUCUUAGUGCAAAUAAUCUCACAGGAGAGUUGCCACUGGCUCUUACUAAUCUGACUAAGUUAACAGAACUUAGGAUUAGCAGUAACAACUUCACAGGAAGAAUACCUGAUUUUAUUCAAAGCUGGAAGCAACUUCAGAAAUUAGAGAUCCAAGCUAGUGGUCUCCAAGGGCCCAUUCCGUCUAACAUUUCUGCCUUGAGUAAUUUAACAGAACU